AUGGUGAGUGUGCAGAGAAUUUUGGUGUGCAAUUACUUGCUAAUAUCAUUAGCUGUUGUUCUGGGUUUGCUCACAAAUGGUUCAUGUGCGGAAGAUAAGCUUGUGAAUCUGACGAUGUUGAAGAUGUUCGUGGAUGAGCUUCCUGAUAUGCCCAAAAUCAAGGCCUUCCAUCUUGUCAAUGGUGUCCCCAAACCCAAGUCACUCAAGAUUGGCAUGUACAAGAUUAACUGGAAAUUCCACAGAGACCUUCCCCCAACGCCAGUGUUCGCCUACGGCACACGUUGGAGAACAGCAACAGUGCCUGGUCCAACAAUUGAGGCCCUCCACGGAAUUGAUACCUACGUGACGUGGAUGAAUCGCCUCCCUUCAAAGCACAUUCUGCCUUGGGAUCCAACCAUUCCAACGGCCCGAGCUGCCACUAACGAGGGCGUUCCUACUGUGGUGCACGUACACGGUGCCAUCGAUGAACCCGCGAGUGAUGGAAACGCAAACGCAUGGUUUACCGCUCGAUUUGAAGCCCGUGGCCCACUUUGGUCCAACCGUAAAUAUCACUACCGCAAUCAGCAACAUCCUGGCAAUCUAUGGUACCAUGAUCAUGCCAUGGGGUUGACUCGAGUCAACCUCCUCGCUGGCUUGAUUGGGGCCUACAUUAUUCGCCAUCCUCAAGUUGAGGGCCCACUUGAUCUGCCCCGUGAUGAAUUCGAUCGUUCGUUGAUCGUGUUCGAUCGUAGCUUUCGCACCGAUGGUUCCAUAUACAUGAAUUCCACGGGAAACAAUCCCUCCAUACACCCACAAUGGCAGCCCGAAUAUUUUGGCGAUGCAAUUAUUGUGAAUGGAAAGGCAUGGCCCCGGCUUACGGUACGCCGCCGUAAAUACAGGUUUCGAAUUAUCAACGCUAGCAAUGCGAGGUUCUUCAGGUUCUUCUUCACCAACGGUUUGAGAUUUACCCACGUGGGGUCUGAUUCAGCUUACCUUGGGGAACCGGUUGAGACCAAUGACAUUUUACUGGGGCCAUCUGAGAUCACAGACGUGGUGGUUGACUUUUCAAAGUCAAAGAACGAUAAUGCUAUCCUAGCCAAUGAUGCACCGUAUCCUUACCCGUCUGGUGACCCUGUCAACGACGCGAACAGUAAGGUCAUGAAGUUUUUCGUCGUUGGCAAUUCAGCUGUUGACACGUCGCGGAUUCCAAAGAGGCUAAUUUCCUACCCUGUCCCUGAUUUAUCCAGUGUGUCCCGCACCCGAUAUAUCGCUAUGUACGAGUACACGAGCGACAUUGAUGAGCCGACACAUCUUUAUUUGAACGGGAAACCGUAUGAGGCGCCGGUGACUGAGAUCGCAAAAGCAGGGACCAGCGAGGUGUGGAACGUGAUCAAUUUAACGGAGGACAAUCAUCCCUUACACAUCCACUUGGGACUGUUUGUUGUAUUGGAACAGAGGGAGUUGGUGGAUGUGGAGAAGUUCAAAGACUGUAUGAACAACACAAACGACGCCGUCAAGUGCAAUAUAAGCAAGUAUGCACGUGGCAAAAACAUAGACGUGCCAGCGUACGAGAAGGGGUGGAAGAACGUAUUCAAGAUGAGACCCGGGUCAGUGACCAAGAUUCUUUUGAGAUUUGCUUACCUACAUACAAAUACAUCCUACGAAUUUGAUCCAACAGCGGAGCCUGGUUACGUGUACCACUGCCACAUCUUGGAUCAUGAGGACAAUGCGAUGAUGAGACCCUUAAAAGUCAUCCGUUGA